UCCAGAAGAGCUUUCUUUCCUACUCAUUACUGCUAUCUUUCUUUUAUGUACUUGUGGAGAAACUAGUAAACUGGGCAUUGGGCUCCUUGUGGAAUGGUGUGUUUUUAUAUGGGGAGUCUGGGAGCAGCCAUCAGAAUUGUUCAGGGCAGGAAAGUAUAUGAUGGAUUACAGUUUCAGCAGCAUAUACAAGGGAAGGAGAAGUGAGUAUUGGUUGCCCCUAAGCUGUCUCCAAAGUUAAAUAGUUUGGAUAGCUCUGAAAACAACCAAUCAGCUGAAAGUGCUGCUCUGCUGCUAAAUGCUAGCAGAUUCCCAGUAAAUGGGAAACAACAGCCAUCUUGAUACUGCAUGAACAUGUCACCGUGGCUUGUGUUGUAGUCUUGCUUUGAUGAGCUUGAGAAUAUCAAUCUCAUUCAGCUUUAUUUACCAGUAUUUUCAGUGCAGCAGCAGGCAAGACCUGGGAUGGUGCAGGGAGGUGGGCUUACAGUGUUCUGUCAUGAUUCCAUCCCUCUUUCCAGAUGUAGCAUUCCCCAGUUCCCUGGGUUUGAAUGUGUGUUUCUGAAAGUAGAGCCUGGGACAGAACAGGGAUUAUGUACUGCCCAUUCUGCUGAUAUUGGCCCUGGUGUUGGAUUCCCCUCAGCUUGUUGAGGGGGCCUUCAGUUUCCUUGCUGGAUUCCCCUCAGCUUGUGCUGGGGACCUUCAGUUUCCAUGCUGAAGCAGUUCUUUUAGGACUGGCUCAAGACUUCAUGACUUCCAUGUCAACCAUGAGCCUGUCCUACAUAAUAUUUGCCCCCAACCAUGCUGCAGAGCACACUUUAGAUCCAGUUUUCGGUGCUGGGGUAAAUGUUGAUGACCUGGGUGUGGAACAACUCUCUGUAGUUCCAUUGUCAUGGACAGAUCAUUAUCUGGUGGGUUUUAGACUCACUGGAACUCAGAAUCUUUACAGGGGUGGGGUACAGACUAAGAUGGUUUGUCCCAGAAGGCUGAUGGAUCUAAAUAGUUUCCUGACUGAUUGUAGGAAGUUUUCUUACACCAUUGGAAGGUGAUUCUGUUGAAGCCCUCUUUGAUUUCUGGAAUGAGGAAAUCAGAAGAGUCAGGAUUGUUCCUAAAUGUCUCCUCCCACAAAGUAGAGCCAGAAGAGGGAUGUAGACUGCAGCGACAAUAGUGGAAAACUUGGAUUGAAUCUGACCAAACAUAAGCUAUGGCCUAUUGGAAGGCCUACUCCAUUGCAGUGGUAGUGCCAAAGAAGUCAUUUGUCUCUGCCACCUUUGUGAUUGCACAAAGCUUUUUCCACUGGUCGAAGACCAAUUAUAUCAUGGCCCAAAGAAAGAGACUGCAGACCAUACUGUAUCUUGCUAUGAAGACUUUGCACGACACUAUGCAGGAAAAAUUGCUUGGAUCUGCUCUGACUUGGAUGCUGUAGUUGAUUCAGGUCCUGUGAAUGUAACUAUGGUCUCUCUUGUCCUGUGUUAAAGGACGUGUUUCGGUUUCUGCAGCCUGAUGAUGUGGACAGGACCCUUGGACAGUUGAAGACUGCCACAUGUGUCUUUGCCCUUCUUGGCUUAUAAAAGUUGCCAGAAAAGGACUGGUUUGAGUGGGGGAAGCAGUGGUUUGGGGAUGAUGGCCGAAUUUUAGCUCUGCCCAAUCCAAUGAAGCAAUCCAUUACCAGGCCUCUAAUAUUUCCAACUGAGGAAAGUAAAAAAACAGAUCUAUUAACAUUUUAUAAGAAGGCUAUAAAAAUGAGGCUUGCCAAUCAGUACAUUGUGGGAUCUGAAGACCCUGAGGAACAAUUUCAGCUGGAUGUUGAUAUUUUGGGUUUAAUAUUCACUCAUCAUCCUUGCUUUAGCCGUGAGCAUGUUUUAGCAGCUAAACUGGCUCAGUUGUUUGAUCAGUAUCUGACAAGAAAACAGAAAAAUGUUACCAGACUUCUUACAGAUAAGUUGCAUGGUCUCAGAAAUGCGGUACAUAGCAUUUUGGAUACCAGUGAAAGAGACAUUCUGAACCCAUUAGCACAACAAAGCAUAACUGAAUAUAAGCUUGAAAUUAAAGAAACAAGAAGACUUCGUGAUAUUGAGGAAGAAAAAGAUCGAGGCUUGCUUAAGGCUAUCAUCAAAGUAUGGAAAGAAAUCAAGUCCCUGCGUGACUUUCAGAAGUUUAGUAACACACCCCUGAAGUUGCUCUUGAGAAAGGAAGAGGUUGAUCAGAAGUUGGAUGAGAAGGCAUAUGAGGCAGAAAUUCAGGCUGAAAUAUCUGAAUUGUUAGAGGAAAGCAGCGAAGAAUAUGAGAAGAAAAAAGAAAGAUAUAAACUAGAGCUUCAGCAAUGGAAAUCUUGGAGGAAAGCACAGAAAAUAAGAAAGAAAAAGAAGAAAAAAGUAUGUCAGAACCCUGAAGAUGAAGAAGAAGAAAAUUCUGAGUGUAUAGAAGAACCUAUGAAACCAAUUCCUCCACCAUUAGUUGACAGGCAACAGAUAGAACUUCAAGUUCGAGAGAGAGCUGCCACUAUCAAACGGAAACCCGGAGAGCCUAUUUUAAUUCCUGAGUUGCACUUAACAGGCAGUGUCACUCCAAAUGAGCUUUGUCCUAAAGGUGAAGUUUCAAGACGUGAAGAUGUAAAGAAGCGCUCUCUAUUCAUAAAAGUUCUUUUCAAUUCUAAAGAAGUAUCAAGAACAGUUUCCCGCCAAUUGAGCUCAGAUUUCAGAGUUCAUUUUGGGCAGAUAUUCAAUCUCCAAAUAUUCAAUUGGCCAGAAAGCUUGAAAUUUCAGCUAUAUGAAUCAAUCGGACUUGGCAGUGCCAACUUGUUGAUGGAAGUGUUUAUACCAAUCCCUGAGACUACAGUUCUAACUGGGAGAGCUCCUGUAGAAGAACUAGAAUUCAGCAGUGACCAGUCUAUAUUGGUGGACCAUGAAGGAGUGGGGAGUGGUGUACCAUUUUCAUUUGAAGCUGAUGGCAGCAAUAAGAUUAUUUUAAUGACCUCUGGCAAGGUGUCUUGCAGUGUUUCCUGGGCAGAUAAAGAAAAUGGGAUACCCUUGAUUCCUCCAGUAUCACAUAAAACUUCUGGAAUCUCAAGUACUUUAAAAAAUAUUGAUGCCAUUGCAUCCAUUGGCACAUCAGGGUUAACUGACAUGAAGAAACUAGCCAAAUGGGUGGCUGAAACAAAACUUGAUCCAAAUGACCCAAACAAUGCAGCCCUGAUGCAGCUAAUAAUGGUUGCUACAAGCGGCGAUGCGUCUGUUCCCAGUUUCUUCAGGCUCGAGCAAUUACAAGAAGAAUUUAAUUUUGUUUCUGAUGAAGAACUUAACAGAUCCAAAAGAUUCCGACUGCUUCAACUCAGAAACACAGAAGUGACUGAAUUUCAAAGUUGUAAGUGUAUUCCCUUACUGGAAAGAGAAAUCAGUGAAAAAGCAUUGCAGGAUUAUGAGAAAAGAUUACAUGAGAGGGAUGUAGUUGAUACCAAAGAUCACCUGGAUGGCCACAGAACUGUAGUUGCAAAAUACCUCCAAAAGGCUAGGGAAUCAGUAAUUGACCGAUUCUUAAUCGCAAAACACCAUGUUCUGCUGCCAGAUAUAGUAAAUGAGGAAGAAAUCCCUACUCUUGGUUCUGAGGGUCCAGGCAUUUUGGGGCUAAGCCUUUUCAAACUGGCAGAAACAAAACGACCCUUAAAACCAAGACGAAAGGAAAGGAAAAAAGUAACUGUGCAGAAUCUGUCAGAUGGUGAUGUAAAACUCUUCGUGAACAUCGUUAGAGCUUAUGACAUCCCCAUUAGAAAGCCUACAGGGAGCAAACUCCAGCAACCAUCUAGAUCAUCUUGGUCCUUCAAUGAGAUGUUUGCUGCUUCUGCAACCCUUCAGAGCCCAACACACAGUAUAGAAUGGGCUUUGAACCAGGUUUUAGUCCGGCCUUUUGUAGAAGUUUCUUUUCAGCGAAUGGUUUGUAGGACAACCACUGCUGAAGGGCCAAACCCAAACUGGAAUGAAGAGUUGGAACUUCCAUUUAGAGCUCCUGAUGAUGAUUACAGUACCUCCAGCCUGCAGUCAGUGAAGGAUGGGAUCUUCAUUAACAUAUUUGAUGAAGUAUUAUAUAAUGUCUUAGAGGAUGAUCGUGAAAGAGAAAGUGGUGGAGUCCACACUCGUGUUGAAAAACACUGGCUUGGAUCUAUUCAGAUUCCCUUUACAACAGUAUAUUUUCAAGGAAGAAUUGAUGGUACAUUCAGGAUAGACAUUCCUCCUGUUCUUCUUGGGUAUAGUAAGGGAAGAAGUGUGGGAACUGAAAGAGGAUAUGAUUCCAUUCGAAAUCUGAGUGAAGGCUCAUUUCUGUCACUCUUUAUUACUAUUGAACCACAGCUUAUUCCUGGAGAAUCCAUUCGGGAAAAGUUUGACACUCAAGAAGAAGAGAAACUUCUCCAAGCAGCUGAAAGAUACCAAACUGAAUGUGCACUGAAGUUUCCAAGUCGUCAGUGCCUGACAACAGUAACUGACAUUAAUGGAAAAAUUGUCUUUAUCACAAGAUUCAUCAAGCCUCUCAACCCACCAGAGGAGCUCCUGCAGGCUCAUGUUGACAAUCCACAGGAAACCUCUGAGCUGGUGGCCCACUAUGUUGCCUUGAUUCCUUUCUUGCCUGAUACUGUAUCUUUUGGUGGGAUCUGUGAUUUAUGGAGCACAUCAGAUCAAUGCCUUGAUCUUCUGGCUGGAGAUGAAGAAGAACAUGCCGUACUGUUGUGUAAUUAUUUUCUUGCUCUUGGCAAAAAGGCCUGGCUUCUUAUUGGAAAUGCUAUUCCUGAGGGACCAACUGCAUAUGUGCUAACCUGGGAACAAAAACAGUACAUAAUUUGGAAUCCUACUUGUGGCCGUUUCUAUGGGCAGUAUGAUGCUUUCUGCCCACUGCAAAAUGUAGGCUGCUUAAUAUCCUGUGACAAUGUUUGGUUCAAUAUUCAACAGUAUGAUUCCCCACUAAGAAUAAACUUCGAUGUCAGCAAACCUAAAUUGUGGAAACCUUUUUUUUCAAGAAGUUUACCAUUUCCUGGUCUCUCCAGUGUACAGCCUGAAGAACUAUUCUAUCAACCUGCAAACAAGGCAGCUGCGUUAGAACUACAGAGCAGACUUGAGAAGAUAUUGAAAGAAAAGAUCAUGGAAUGGCGGCCAAGACACCUGACUCGCUGGAACAGAUACUGUACUUCCACACUUCGUCACUUCUUGCCUGUGUUGGAAAAAAAUCAUGGCAAAGGAGUGGAAGAUGACCACCAAGCAGAGUUGCAAAAACAACUGGGAGAUUACAGGGUAUCAGGGUUUCCUAUCCACAGGCCAUUCUCCGAAGUUACAUCUUUAAUAGAGGCUGUAUACAGCACUGGAGUUCACACUACUGAUAUUCCAAAUGUAGAGUUUGCAUUAGCAGUAUAUGUUCAUGCUUACCCUAAAAAUAUUCUUUCAGUGUGGAUUUAUGUUGCUUCAUUAGUUCGUAAUAAAUAGAUGCAUUUCUUCAA